AUGGCCAACAUUCAUGUACUACAGGUGACAAGAUUCCUUUUCUGCUUGUUUAUUACUUGUUCUGCUUUCUGUUACGUGUUAUUUGCCGGAGCACUUAGUUUUGAUUUUCUUCCCCGAACGGCUAUCCAUAUUUCUGAAGAUGCUUCCAUUUAUACAGCUUACCAAGAGUCAACUCAACGACGACAUGACAUGGAACCGUGGCUGGCUUUGGCAAGUUUCUCCACGAAUUUCCAGUUCAGUAUUGCCAGAUUUGAUGGUAAUGUCGGCGGAGACGGACUCGCUUUCUUCGUCGCUCCGUUCCACUUUGUACCGUCCGAUGCUUAUGCGGGCAAAUGGCUUGGGUUGUUCAAAUCUGAAACAGAUGGGAACUCAUCGAAUCAGAUUGUUGCUGUGGAGUUCGACACAUUCAAGAAUGACUGGGAUCCCGAUGACAACCAUGUGGGAAUCGAUGUCAACAGCAUUAAAUCCGAGGAAACAUUUUCAAUUAAAGAUGGUGCUCUCUACAGCGGAGUAAAAUGGGAAGCGUGGGUGGAUUACAAUGGUACAUUGGCACAGCUUCAAGUAAUUCUUUCACAGAGCCCAAACAAUGCUAGUCCAUCUAAACCGGAAAGUCCGGUGUUGGUGUAUGAUAUAGACCUGAGCUGGUACCUUCCCCAGAACGUCAUGGUUGGCCUUUCGGCCUCCACGGGGGUCUUUAUUGAGACUCACGAAUUACACUUUUGGAAAUUUUCAUGUCAAUUUUCAUGGGACAGUUUAACCCCAAGCCCAGCCCCAAUAUCUUACCCAAACCAAACAGCCCAAAUAUCGAACCCAAACCAAACAGAAAUGGAAAGCCCAAGCUCUAGCCAUUCUGGGUUGAAAAUUAUUUCUAUUGUUAUUGGUAUUGUUUGUGCUAUGGUUAUUAUUGUUUUCUUUGUAUGGAAACGCCGUAUAAGUGCUAGAAGAGGCGAGCGUUGCGAACUCGGGAGCAUUGGUGAGGAAAAGGAGAGCGAUGAGGAGCUGGACAAAAGGCUUGAAAGGGCUGUUCAGUCUGCGCGGAAGUUUUCAUAUGCUGAGCUCAGGGCCGCUACUAACAGCUUCAGUGCAAACCAAGAGAUUGGACAUGGUGGCUUCGGAAGCGUUUACAGAGGCACUCUGUGUGGCACAAAUGAAGUUGUAGCUGUGAAAAGGAUGAAUGCAAAUUCCGCUGAAGGAAAGAAACAGUACGCGUCAGAAGUGAUUAUGAACGGUAAUCUCACACACCGUAAUCUCGUUCAGCUUUUGGGAUGGUGCCACCGAAAGGAGGAUAGGCUUCUCGUCUAUGAAUUACUCCCAAAUGGAAGUCUGGAUAAUUAUCUUUUUGACAAUCCGAAGGGUGAUCUGGAAUGGGAUAAAAGAUAUAUCAUAGCCCUUGACAUAGCUUCUGGUCUCGUUUAUCUUCAUCAGGAUCGCCGGGACAGUGUUUUGCACAGGGAUAUCAAGGCAGGCAACGUGAUGUUGGAUUCAGAAUUCAGAGCAAAGCUGGGGGAUUUUGGUCUAGCGAGAGCGCUGAAAUCUGAGGAAGAUUAUUAUACCACUAAUCCAGCUGGUACAAUUGGGUAUAUGGCACCGGAGUUAGUCGUAACGGGAAAAGCCAGUCCAGAAUCAGACGUGUUCAGCUUUGGAGCACUCGCCCUUGAAAUUGCAUGUGGAAAGCGGCCGUUGAACAAUAGCUUAGAUGAACAUAAUUACAGACUGGUAGAAUGGGUUUGGCACUUGCAUGGAGAACAGAAUAGUAGAUGCAGUAGAUGA